AUUGCGCAGAGACGAGUCGAGAAGAAUGGACGCAUGCGUACAAGUAGGAAAGAGGCAGAACUCAAAUAGGCUUGAAACACGGGUGCGGGCGGGGAGGAAAGAAGAAACAACGAAACGGGCGCGCAGGAAGAGGAAGUUUGUAUUUGUGUGUUCACGUGCUGCGAAGGGGCAAAUCAGCGCCUUACGAAUCUCGGCAGCAGCCAAUCAAGCGGAGGGGCGCCAGAGUUGGAGUCCUCUCGGACCUAGCGCGGAGUGGUGCUUGGCAAGUGAACCUGCAAUGGCAGCCCACAGUGAGCGAAUACAAGGCAGGGAGAAGAUGAGCAAGGAGCUGCUUGAAGUGAUGGCAGGAGGCAGAGCGGUGGGCGUGCUGAAGCACAACCUAGCCAAACAGGAGCAGAUGCUUGACAAACUCUUGGAUACACAGAAGACCGCAGCACAACUGAUCAAAGAGCUCAUGACUGCGGAGGAGAUGGUGGCCCAGAAACUUUCUGACAGGGAAGAAGAGCUGAAGGCAAGCUUCCAAAAACUGCAGAAGAUUGAGCAAAGCUUGCUUCAGGCCAGUGAGGAGGAUACCCAAAUGAGGACCCACACCAAUGAGCUAAGGAAAGAGCUGGAGGUGUUGAGAGAAGAAAUCAGGCAGCAGGAGAAGAAUGCAGAGGAAGAUGCCUGUGCUUCCAAGUCGGCUACGUAUCUGGCCCACCUUUAUUACCAGAUCUGCCACAUCGACUGGGACUAUUCCUGUGAGCCAACAAUGAUCAAAGGAAUCCAUUAUGGACCAGACAUUGCUCAGCCUAUCAGCCUAGACAGCAGCCAAUACUCCUCCUGUUUCAUCAGCGACUACCUGUGGAGCCUGGUGAAUACAUCUUGGUGAAAAGGGAAGCCUUGGGAAAUGGGCUAGAUGUACUUUACAGACAGUAUAUGCUUUGGGCAAUGGCGUUUUCUUUCCUAGAUGUGGCCUUAGGCCUGGCCCCCAGCUGUUUUUGAAGUACAACUCCCAUAAUCCCCAGUCACAGUGGCCAAUAGCCAGGGAUUAUGGGAGUUGUAGGCCAACAUUUGCAGGAGGGCUGAAGUUGAGCAGCCCUGCCUUAGGCAAAGCUGAAGAGACUUAUUUGAAUACAUACACAGACUAAGGCAAAAUAAACUUUAGUACUAAUCACAAA